UAUCGAAAAUAUUUAGUACCUAAACGUGGGUGAAUAUAUUUUGCUAGAACCCAACAAACACAAUAAUGGCGGAGACUGCAGCCGAGGAAGCAGCUGCCGUGCCGCAAGAGGAGCCCAUGCCUGUGCCCCAGCAGGAAGAAACUGAUGUGAAGGAGCCCCCAAACACUGGAGAGCCUAUAAAGGUGGCUUCGGAGCAGCCAAUAGAAGAUACUGAUGUCCAGCCACAUCCAUCAGAAAGUGAGGUUACAGGUGAGGAGACUGAGAUAAAGCCGACUGAAGGCGAAGGGACCGAUCCUCAGAAGUCUGGAAGUGUCCGCGAGACGGAGCUUCAGCGGGCAGCCGACGAGCACAAGAGACAGAAAAAAGCGAAGGCCAAAAUGAUGUUAAAGAGACUAAAAGGAGUGUCCGUGGAGGAUGCCACCGAAGAGGCCAGCGAGUGGCCCGAGGAGGACGGCGUGGAGGGUGAAGAGAAGGAACCUGACUCUAAGCGCUCAUCUGAAGAUUCAGCGCUGCCUGAUGUCCACAGUUCAGAUGAAUGGGCAGAACGAGUGGAUUUUCUAGAGGACAAAUUCAGCAUUGAUUCACUGUCCGACUUGGAAGAUCCACGGGGUCCGCCCGAACACUCCUUCAUGGCCGCAUUUCUGCGGGAAUUCGAGAGUUUGCCCUCAUUGAGCGACAUAUCCGAGUACAGCACCUCGAGUAGGAUCGAGUUGGAGAUUCUUCCGACUGCAGAACCUGAGCGGGCUACUGUGGAUCCCGGGAGAUUUGUGCAGUCCGUUGACCGAUACUCGGGCUCAUCUUCAUCUGCGCGGAGUCUCAGUGGUUCGUCGGAGGCGUCUGAGCACCAGUUGAUCGUUGAAGAGGAGGAAGAAUUAGAGGCACUGUCACAAAACUCGUUCCUGGGCAGCCUAAUUGAGGAACCAGAGCCCGCCCCCAAGGAGCUGAUCAUACAGGAUGACGCCGAUAUUAUGGCGCAGAUCUACAUCGAAUCGGAGAGCGAGGACGAUGGCAAAGAGGUGGUGGAUCCCAAGGUGGCCGCCUACAUCCAAGUGAAAAAUAUUACAAUCGAUUUCCUCGAUAGUCUGAUCAAUCGAGUGGUGCAAAUUUCCGAAAUUGGAGCCAGAGCAAAGCUCUUCGACAAGGGCAAAAUGCUGGAGGAGAUUGAGCGUCUUCUGAACAUGUUCGUCCUGGAGAGGUACACCAACAGCAUCCUCAACAACAAGAUGGGGGAGCACUACAAGCGCAACAGAAAGCCGGACAAGUACGCCACGCUGCCGUCACAGGUGGAGGUCAUUGAAGGUCGCCGAUAUAUAGCGGCCCUCAAUCUCGUCGAUAGCCUCAUGGAGCGCUCCACUAUCAUCAAGAAGAAUGGUUGUUAUGUCAUUUCACGCGCUCAGUUGGAGCUGCAUGCCUGCUACACGUUGUCAAAGUUUGUCACGGAGAAUCUGGAGAGCUGCAUGCGACAGAAUCUGCUGCGCCAGGAUUCGGACAGAUUGCGGCGACUGCUGGAUGCCGAGCUGCGACGCAUGGAGAAUCUGCGCAACGAAAUCAGCGAGAAGCGCUACGAACUCAAUCUGAAUCUACGCUCCCUGGCCGUCAUGGCGGAGAAAAUGCGUUUAGUGGAGAGAAUAACAGACGAUUUGACGACAUCUCAAGUCCAAAAUGCCACCGACAAUAUCAUACAUUUGGAUAAACGACUUGAGGAUCGCACCAAGGAUGUGCUGGCCAUGCAGGGAAAUUAUAAGAAAUUUCUGAUCGAAAAGACUUGCAUACGCGAGAAGCGCACCAUGAUCGCAGAAUCCUUGGGUCUGGCCAAGGAGGUGCUGUACGAGAAGGGCGAGCGGCUGAAUAAGUUGCGGCAUCACUUGAGCGAUAUUCAAGCUAAGCGCCUGAAGAUCAAGACCACUCACGCCAAACUCCAGGCCAAGGGAGGUCUGCUCUUCCAGCCAGCCCUCAUGUAUGAGUAUGACAAGUGCCUGGAGGAGGUCGAGGGCAGGCGUGUGACUGUCGGCAAGCUGCGAAAGACCUACAACGACUUGACGAAUCGCCUGAGUAUGCUUGAACGUGCCAAAACAACGGCGACCGUGGCAUCAGUUUGAUGUCUCAUCGAUCACAAUUGCUUGCCGUUCAGUUUCAGGCUC